AUGCACCUGAACGCCAGUUUCGCCUUUCUGUUGUUGGCUUUGGCAGUGGCCCAGGCCGUGCCAGCUACGAGGAUCGAGAAGAAGUCUCUAACCGACGAGUUAACCAAGGACGCGAUAGAGCUCGAGGAAGUCGGCGAUGUAGACGACAAGGACAGAUCCAAGAAGUCUACCUUCUUGGUGGAUGUUCGUCCUGCAGCAGAGAACCAAGAGUCAGCGAAAAUUUCGUUGCAAUCCGAGGGUCAAGGCGCGGUGCAAACCUUCAACUUGGUCCCACAACAGUGUCAAACGGCUCCACAGAUUCAAACCUACAACUUCCAAUCGGCUCCUCAGCCUGUUCAGGCUAUGAGCGUCAUCCAAAGCGCCCCGAUGGUUCACCAACACUCCUACAUGAUUCCUCAGCAAGUGGUUCCACCGGUUCACACCCUGCAGAUCGUCCAACAACCUCAACCUUGCCCCCAACAGGCGUCUGUGAACAUCAUCGAGCGUCAGAUCGAGGCAACUGCAGCUCCGAAAACCGAGAUCGUCACCCAACCGCCAGCUCCUGAACCAAAACCUGAACCAAAACCGGAGAGGAUCGUCGCCCCGGAACCUCAACGGAUGGAAACUAUCAAUUUUGUUCCUGUGGAGCGUCCGUGCAACGACAAGUUCGUCGUUGUUCCACCAAAGCCAAUGGUUGUGAUCCCUGAGCCCACAGUGGUCAAGGUUCCACAUUGUCCUCACCACUCUCACGAAUGCAACUGUGCGCUGAGCAUGGGGCCCGUGAAAAAUGUUAACACGGAGGCCAACCAGAUGUCCUACAUGAUGGUGGACGAGUACCCGUACGAAGUUAUGUAUCGAAACCACAUGCGGCCUGACGGAGUCACGCGUCGACACCAUGCGCACCCUCACCACGCGGCGAAAUUGCACUUGAAAAUGCACUAGGAGAAAACAGAUGUAACCAUGAGAUUUGCUGACCUUUGCUAAGGCAUCACGCAGAGGUUAUACUAGUCCUGUGGCAGCAUAUUCCACUGUAUAUGCAAUUCCACCGAGUGCAAAUAAAAAAUGAU